GCAAAUUAAUGCCCAUGAUUUUGGAUUGAGACGUUCAAAGAGCAGGUGUCCACAUACUUUUGGUCAUGUAGUGUAGAAGAGACAUCAUUAUCACAGGGCCCAGUCUAAGAUGCUCUAUUUUACUGAAUACAUUAUUCAUUAUUUCUGAAUUGAGAGUUACAGCAUGUUAGUGUUAAAUAACUUGCAUAAUUUGUCCCAACUUCAGCAAACAUUUUCACAGACAUUUAACAUAAACCGACACCUGUAAACCGACACCUACUUUCAGUAAAGAAAGUUAAUGUUCCAUUUUCCUUUAGAGACUAGAGUCCUCAAACUCAACUCUGGACCUCGAAACAAGUUCCACUGCAUUUAGUCAUUCUUCCUCUCUAAUCAGGGACUGAUUUAGACCUGUGACCCCAGUGUAGUGCAAUUAAUUAUCAGGUAUUACAGAAAACCAGCAGGCUCCGGACCUCGUAGGGUAAGAGUUCAGUACCCCUGCUCUAGAAGAUACUACAACAGACUUUAUUUAAAUCACCGUUUUCAUAGGAAUGCAUGAUUGGUCAGUUAAAACAGGUAACACUUCAUAUGGAUGUUCUCUUUAUAAUGCAUUAUAGGAGCAUUAAUAACACCUUCUAUUCAUAAUGCAUCAGGAUGCACAACAUAGGUGCUAAUAACUGCUCAUGAACAUCUAUAACUGCAUAAAGCAUUAUCACCAGGAUGUGUAAUGCCUUAUGAAGCAAAGUAUUACUAUGCCAGAUGCCAUAUUUGAAAAGCACAUUAGGAUCGUUAUAUUAUACAUUCUGUGCUCAUUAAGUGGUAGGCUAUAUUCUAAUUUCACUGCAUACCCUCUUACACCUAUGUAACUCUGUCUUGCGUACUUAAAGGGAUAGUUCACCCAAAUUAAAAAACUACAUGUUGUUGUUCUUACCCUGUAAGCAGUCUAUGGACACGUUAAGAAAGCAAUCCAUGCUUUGGUUUUGUUUACUGUACUUGGUUAGAAAUAUGCAUUUUAGCAUUUGUGGCACAAAUCCAAGUCAAUAACCCUGUUAAAAGCGUUUUUCACAAAUCAUCCUAAAGUGUCAACAUUUGAUUGUGUACCACAAUUCAGUUAUUUUAAGAUGAUUUGGACAUGAAGCACGAAAAAAAUGCAAGAAAUCGGAUAUUGGCUUCACAUUACUUGACAUGGGAUUUGAUCUAAAAAGUUUGCAUUUGACGACAAUGGUCAGGUUAACAAAACCAAAGCAUGGAUUGCUCUCUGAGCUUGUUCAUAGACUGCUUACGGGGUAUAGAAAGCAAAUUAUAUUUUGUAAUUUGGGUGAACUAUCCCUUUAACAGGAGUGCGGAACUCCUACGUGAAGUCGUUACAUUAUAGCCCUCUGACACAAUUUCUAAAGAGCAUUUCAUGUAGGUCAUACCACUUAGCUUCAUAAUCAUAAGGCAUUAUGCUGCCUGCUUUAAAUGCUGUAGGAAUAUAUAGACAUGUAUUAGCAGCCAUUAGUGCCUAUUUCAUGCAAUAUGAUGUAUAAUGCAUAGAUUAGAAGGUGUUAUAAAUGCACUUAUAACACAUUAUGAAGAGGGUAUUCAUAGGAAGUGUUAUCCACAGGUCCUGCGGAAGGAACUGUACCCCACAUCCCCACCUACUAGUGACAUUGUGAAAAAUACCACACCUUUAGACAGUAAUUGUGUAGCUAUGUUGAUAUUUGUGUUCACCAUUUCAUUAGAAUGUUUAUUACAGUCAAAGUGUCUGUCAGGUCAAAUGACUUAGGCGAAUGACAUACCCACAUACAUUGAGACCUUAUAACCUUAGUGUCAGAAAAGGUUCAUUUUCUUCACAUUUUGAUUAUGGUAAUUUGACGUACUUGUAAUGUAUUUGAUAUGUCAUGUCUGUGGGUUGGUCUCAUAUAUAUAUAUGAAUGGCUUUCGCCUGAUGCUUUUUAUGGUUAGUUACCGUUCAUACUUAUUUUGUUUUAUUUCCUUAUUACAUUUUCAUUACCAUUUUAUAGUACUAUGCAUUUUGAUUGUUGGAUUGAUAUGAUCUGCUCAUACAUUGCAAUAAAAGGGAGUGAGUUAAGACUAUUGUUUAAUGAACGACUCAGGUCUGAUGGAUACAAUUGUCCCUCAUACUCUCAUGUAUUAUUUGUAACAAACUUUCUGCAUGUAUCAGUAUGAGGAAACCUCCACAUUAUUGUCAUAUCUACUUUUUAGCCUGCAAGUUUAGGAAGGCUAUUUUGCAGAGUUUUGUGUUUGGUCACAACUUGUUUUAUUUAAUACAUUAACAUUUAGUCAUUUAGCAGAUUAUCCUUGCUCAAGUGUACAUCGCCAGAUUUUUCACCUAGUCUGCUCAGGGAUUCGAACCAGAUACUUUUUGGUUACCGGUCCAUCGCUUCUUAGUAUUAUAAUAUGCGUUUAAUUCCUUUCAUCAUUAAAAUAUUCCUUUCCAGUUUGUGGUCGUGUCUUCUUCAAAUGAGACACCGGAGGAGAGGAAAAGAUCAAACUCUGAUUUAUUUAGUCUUCUGUCACUCUUGUUUUCAGUUUUUCAAGUUUAUGCAGACACACACACACACACAUAUACAUACAUUCAGGCACUCACACAUACACAUACACACACGCACACAAGUCCAGGCUCAUGAUCUUUCAGGUAAAAUGUGUAUGAUUUGUGUGAUGUCUGUAACUCAACAGUAAUGUAUUCUCUGAACUGCCUAAGUGUUCUAUUGUCAUGAAGCUUCAGGUAACAUUUGAUAUAGAUGUCUUGUCUAUACAUCCCAGUCACAUGGCAAGAAUGUCCUCUGGUUUUAGACUUACAGUAUUAUAUUACAGUACAUAAGAGACAGGGGUUGGAGGUCGUUCUAAUACCAUACCUCCUCCUCCUCCGCUUAUAUAAACAACCAGGAAAUGCCUUUACUUUCUUUUCGAUUUCACUGAGCGUGGAGGUGGAUGUGUCAUGUCAGAACUGAAAAUGUUUUUGUUUGAAGUGGGUUUUUUUGUUGCUGUUUUGCAAGUCUAUCCAACCUACGCUGUCGAGAAUCAAGCAUGUACUUCGGUGGAAAUUGAUUGUGGAAAUUUGAAGACCAGGGAUGGUAGAUACAUGUAUCUAUUCAGCAUUCCAGGUGUAUCUGACAUUGCGGUGUACAACAAUAUAGGGAAUGCCAUUGCCAACCGUGGAGGGAACAAGCCAAUGGAAUUUGAUAAGAAUGAGGUGGUAACGAUGAACAACAGUUCAAUCACCCUCUAUAAAUGCCAAAAUCUGACAAUGAACUUCAUUUACAGUGACGCUACACAGCAGAAGGCUGGAACUGAGUCUAAUGGCGAAGAACCCUCAGUUAAGGAGAGAUGUUCCCAUUACAUUGUCACAGAGAUGAGGAAUGAGGUUGUGACAACAGUACCUUUGAAUUCAACCAUCAUCCCAGAUGAAGACAAUCCUGAUGCAAACCGUGGUGACACUAGUUUGACCUGGAAAAAUGUUGGUGUUGUUGCUUUCGUGCUGGUCAUUGCUGGUUUGCUCUUGGUGUUUUUUUGUGUGUACAAACCUUGGAGAGACAAACAGCACAACCAAGGCCACAGAGAAGUGGAAGCGGGUCAGGGCAUUCCAGAACCAAACUCCAUUCCUCUGAUGCAGAAUGAGCGACGUGAUGCCAGAGACAUCAGAAAGCCUGAUGACGGUGAGACUGUUGAAGCUGUGGUUGUUCCCAGUGACCAAGGAGGUGAGCCAGGACAGGAGAGCAGGCAGCCCAUGGACAAUGAAGAGACAGGCGCUGACAACCCUCUGCUGAAUGGAGAUGCCAGGAGCCCAAGAGAGGAAGGCGUGCUAGAAGGGCAGGACAGGAAGCCAGCAGACAGUGGGGGAACAGACCCUGAAUCCUGUCAGAAGACGCAUGCUGAACCCCCUCUAGUGAAUGGACACCAUGAUGUCAGGGUUAACGAUGAGACUAAGGAAGUGACUUCUGGUGCACAGAGUCCAGGACCUCCUCAGAUGAAUGGAGGACCUCCMAUGUCUAACAGAGCUGCWGAGGAGACCACUGCUCUAUUGGACAAACAGGCCWUGGACAAGGACCAAGUCACCAAACCUCCUGAGUUAAUAGACAAAGGAACAAAUGACAUGGAGUCAAGAAGAGAACUAACAAACGGUGGACGUUUGUAUAACAAAAGAGAACCUAACACCAUAUGAUAAGAUACAGUAAUACUUUAUAUAAUAUACAUAUUAUAAGAUACACAUAUGUGACUUGCUUCAUCAUAAUCAGUCAUGUCAACCCCAAGGCACAUUCUGAAAAGUGUCUUUUACUGAUUUUCUAUAAUCUAAGCAGUUUAUUAAGUUAAUUCUCUAUGUGACAGCUGUAACCUGGAUAAGUUAGGACAUGUGUUCUAGUGAUAUCAGUUGAAAUUCCAAAACGGCCCAAGACUUUUAGAAAAUAAUAAUUUAAAUAUGUUAUCUAAAUGUUUAAUUACUAUUAUCUGAAAAUGAGUGUGCGACAUAUGACUGAUUAUGAUACAACAAGUCACAUAUUAGCUAUACAACAUUAUAUAUGAAAUGAUAUGAAAUAAGAUCAUACACUACUAUUGUAUACUAUACAUGCAAGCAAUUAUAUAUAUAACAUACACAUGAAAAGAUGCUUAAAACGUUAACCUCUCUAGUAUAGACAUAUCCAAGGUCAUGAGGUCUCAAUGUCUUGUGGACAUGUCAAAUAGCUAAACAUUGACUAGGCAUUAUUUAGAGUAGGCCUCAUUAUCACAGGGCCCAGUCUAAGAAGCUCUAUUUUACUGAAGGAAGUAUUCAUUAUUUCUGAAUUGAGAGUUAGCAUGUCAGUUAAAAUAACUUGCAUAAUUUGUCCCAUUUAACACACACCUGUAAUCCUACUUUCAGUAAAGAAAGUUAAUGUUCCAUUUUAGCAUCUAGAAGAUACUACGACAGACUUUAUUUAAACCACUGCUUUCAUAGGAAAUCAUGAUUGGUCAGUUAAAACAGGUAACACUUCAUAUGGAUGUUCUCUUUAUAAUGCAUUAAAGGAGCAUUAAUAACACCUUCUAUUCAUAAUGCAUCAGGAUGCACAACAUAGGUGCUAAUAACUGCACAUGAACAUCUAUAACUGCAUAAAGCAUUAUCACCAGGAUGUGUAAUGCCUUAUGAAGCAAAGUAUUACUAUGCCAGA